GGCUCAAGUCCGGUGAAAGCGACGCCCCCCCCCGCGGUGGGCACGGACUGCGGGAGGAGCGCGGUGCGCCGAAGACGCGAUGGUGGCAGCAUCAACUUGCCGAGGUGGCUGCGCGAAGGAGGCCGCGCUGAUCUCCGCAGUAGCAGGCGCCGCCCUGUGGCAGCUGCACUCCGGCAUCGGGUUCGUGGCGCAGCCGUUGCUGGACAAUAAGGAACUGGCCCGGCCUUUGAAGCCGCGCGCUGCAACAGCGCAGCCCAGUGGUCUUUCCCGCUCCCGAGGUGUGUGCGCCGCAGUGGCCGGCAGCGGCGCGGCCGCGGUGCUGCUCAGGCAGGGCCGUAGGGCUGCGCGGGAGAAGCGCUGCCACGUGAUUCAACUUGCCGUUCCUGCGUCUCAGGAGAAGGCUGAGAUUCCCUUGCCGCUUGUUGCGGCAGGCGCUCUGGCCGUUUUUGCUGUGGCGGAGCCAGCUCUGGCUCAGGAGGCUGCCACGGCAGUGGCCGGCGCGGCGGCGGACGCCGCAGGUGCCGCUGAGGAUGCCGAAGAGGUGAUCGGAGAGGUGGCGCAAAGUGGAGGAGACUGGUUCGAGCCCUUGAUCCAGUUCAACGCCGGCAUCAUCGCCGGCAUCGAUGGUGUCAUCGAAGAUCAGCUGCACGUUCCCAACAGCUUCGGCUUUGCGAUCAUUAGCUACACGCUGCUCAUCAAGGUGCUGACGUAUCCUUUGAAUCAGGCAGCGCUCCGAUCUGCCGCCAUCAUGCAGCUGAUCAAGCCCAAGAUCGAUCAGGUCAACCGGAAGUACAAGAACGACCAGGAGACGCAGAACCGGAUGCUGCUUCGGCUGUACGACGACUGCGGCGUGAACCCGCUGGGAGGGUGCAUUCCUUCCAUCGUGCAGUUCCCCAUCUUCAUCGGCCUCUACCGCUCGAUUUUGAAGCUCGCGGAGGUGAACCCCAAGUUCCAGGAGCCCUUCCUGUGGAUCCCCAGCCUUGCCGGGCCCAGCACCAGCGGCCCCAGCCUGGACUGGCUCAUCAAGUCGCAGUCGGAGGCGGAGUUUGUGCCUCUCAUCGGGUGGGACCAAGCUGGACGGUAUGUGAUCCUGCCCAUCCUGCUGAUCUUCAGUCAGGUCAUCACCCAGAAGGUGAGUCAGCCGGAUGUGGGCAACCAGGGCGGGCCCGCGGGCUUCAUCUCCAACUUCAUCCCGCUGGUGAUCGGCUACACGGGCCUCGUCAGCCCUGCGGGUCUUGGCAUCUACUGGUUGACCAACAACCUGGUGACGCAAGGGCAGACCUAUGUCAUUCGCAGCCAGCUGGGUGAGGAGUUCCCGGAAUACAAGAAGUUCUUGGAUGGCAGCUACAAGGAAGAGGAGGAGAGGAAAAAGCAAGAAGAGGAGGAAGCAGCCAACAAGGAAGAGGAGCCCACAGGACCAGGUAGAGGCUUCGGCAGCGUGGCAGAUGACGAUGAGGAGGAGGAGGAGGAGAAGGAGUUGGCAGAUGCUCAGGCCGCACGGCCGAUGAAGCGGCUGGCGCCGAAGGCGCGACCAAGACGCAGGAGGCGCUGAUUUCAAGGCCGCCGUCAAUUUUCGCAGCCCCCGGCGAAAGCAAGAAAUCGACGACGAUUCUAGGAGCAAACCGACCGGAGCAGAAGAG